UCCUCACCAACUUCGCUCCUCCCUUUCCGGGCCCCACAUGCUCUGCCAGAAAGGCCUAGGUGACUCUGAGCAGCCUGUGUCUCCGAGAUCUCUGGUGUCUGGAGGUUCUCCAGCGAACACUGAGUCCCCAAGGAAGACAAAAAUGAUCUCAGUGACCUUUGAGGAUGUGGCUGUGAACUUCACCAAGGAGGAGUGGGCUUUGCUGGAUCCUUCCCAGAAGAACCUUUACAGAGAUGUGAUGCUGGAAGUCCUCAGAAACCUGGCUUCUAUAGGAAAGAAAUGGGAAGACAAGACCACUGAAGACCCUAAUGAAAACUCUGGGAGCAAUGUAAGGCAGAUCACAUCAUACUCUGGACACAAAUACUACAAGCAUGAGGAAUGUGAAGAGAAGCCAUGUGAAUUUAAACAAUGUAAGAAUGCUCUGGUUUCUCCCCAAAAUAUUCACACACAAAUGUUAAUACAAACUGGAGAUGGACUUUAUGAAUCUACAGUACAUGGGAAAGUCAUCAGUCACUCCAGUGACAUUCAAAGGCAUGGAGAUACUCAUACUGGGUGGCAACCCUAUAUAUAUCAGCAAUGUGGUGAAGCCUCUUCUUAUCCCACCAGUGUUCCAAGACACAUGACAACACACAGUGGAGAUAAACAUUUUCAAUGGGACAUAUGUGGGAAAGCCUUUGAUUUCUCCUCUUUAUUUAGAAGACAUGAAGGAACUCAUUGUGGAGAGAAACUCCAUGAAUGUAAACGAGGUGGUCAGACCUGUAUUUCAUACACAAGUCUUCAAAGGCACAGGAUCACACACAUGGGGAAGGAAGGUUUAAAUUGUAAGGUAUGUGGGAAAGACUUUGCUUAUCCCAGUUUACUUAGAGUACAUCAGAGAAGGCAUACUGGAGAGAAGCCCUAUGAAUGUAAGCAGUGUGGCAAAGCCUUUGCUACAUCUCAUAAGCUUCAUAUACAUGGAAGAAUACAUACCGGAGAAAAGCCCUAUGAAUGUCAACAGUGUGGAAAAGCCUUUACUACUGCCUCCUACCUUCAGAUACAUGAACGAACUCAUACUGGAGAGAAGCCCUAUGAAUGUAAGCAGUGUGGGAAAGCCUUCGCUCAGUCCUCUCACCUUCACUCACAUGAAAAAACUCAUACUGGAGAGAAGCCCUAUGCAUGUAAGCAGUGUGGCAAAGCCUUUGCUACAUCCACUAAGCUUCAUAUACAUGGAAGAAUACAUACCGGAGAAAAGCCCUAUGAAUGUCAACAGUGUGGCAAAGCCUUUACUACAUCCAGUUACCUUCAGAUUCAUGGAAGAAUGCACACUGGAGAGAAGCCCAAUGAAUGUAAGCAGUGUGGCAAAGCCUUUGCUACAUCCUCUACGCUUCACAGACAUGGAAGAAUACAUACCAGAGAAAAGCGCUAUGAAUAACAACAAUGUGGAAAAGCUUUUGCCACAUCCUGUCUGCUUCAUACAAGUGAAAGAACAGAUACUGCAGAGAAAUAGUAUGCAUGUAAACAAUUGGUAAACUUUUCUGUUAUUACUGUUUCACUCAUAUACAUGUAGGACGUUACUGGAGAAAAAUCCUUUGAAUGUAAAAAUGGUAAAUCAAAAACUUUUCAGAAAAGCAAUUUUCCCUCAGGAGAGCACCGAACUUAGCAACAUAUCCCAUGAAUCACCUUCAUAAUUCUUUAUAUUUACUUAUGAUUUCUAGGAUUGCAAAAAUAUUUUUUGUUUAUCUUUCUAUCGUCGAAAAAUUCCCAGAUCUUAUGAGUUUGACAUCACAACUUCUUCUUCUGUCUAAUUCCCUUACUUUCUACAAUUCAACCCACAACACUCUGAAAUCCUAAGUGCACUUAACUUCUGGAGAGAAAUUCCAAACUCACUAAAUUUCUAAAAUUGACACUGAAGUUCAAGUACAGGACACCACUUGUCCCGACAUAGGACUAAACCAGCCAGAGUCACUCCAGGUGAACUGGGCUGCAUGACAUUGUCACACAGAGACAGAGAAAUGUCUUUUUCUUUGGUUCUGUGAUGGCUCCCUCACCCAGCUCCCCUAAAGGAGGCAAGGCAGGUAAGAAUGAGAGAGAGCAGGCCUGGAGCCCCACUUUAUGGGGGAGAAGCCACUCAAAUGAGGAUAGGGUCAAGAUUCAGGGGGUGGAGUCUUCCUGAUGUCUGCUGCCAGUAGGUUGACAUCCUGGAAGGCCACGCCCAUCUCAUGUGCUGUGUGGGGAUCAAGGGCAGAGCAAAGGAAGGGGACACACAAGGGGAGGUUCCAUGGAACAUUCUAUCCCAAAAGGGCACAGAGUAGGAUUCCAAAGGAACAGGAGGGUGUAACUCGACCCCACUGGCGGACUCCUACUCCUGGAGCCACACCUCAUUAUCUGAAUGGGGGUGAGGCCCAAUGUGUUGUGGGGCACAGCAGCUGUUCCAUACUCCCCUACACAGGACUUAUAGUGACUCCCGACAGCAGAAUUCACAGCUCAGAUUGGACUCCGGGGCCAGCUGCCCAGCGUGUGGUGGUCAGAGCACCCCAGGGGGCUGUCUCCUGCGCAGUCAGCACAAAGGCAAUCGCUUCUCUUGGGUAAAGCUGUGGGACGAACGUGAGGCAGUCAGUGUCCGGGUCCAGCAGUGCUCACAGGGUCCCACUGUCCCAUGGUCUACAGAAGCAAAAAUUGCUUCUUCCCCUCUCCCCGUCCAAGCUCUGGGGUGGGCACGUCACAGGCUUUAAGUGGGUGUUAUUUGAAGUUGUCCCACUCAGAGUCUGAGCCAUGACCUAAUGGAGCACAGCUCCACGACCAUGGUUUACAUCAUGAGUUGGUAAUUGUGACGUUUUGGCAAAAAUAAUGGUGAAUGUGUUGUCACAGAAAUUGUCUCAUUUCUGUGUUCUUUUUAGCUUGAUUUCAUGGGAGGUUUUUACAUAUUUCAUCUGACAAGGGAGCAAUCUGGAUGCUGGGUGAAGAGGGUGAGGGGCUCCCUAGGGUUGAGGACCCAGGAUGCUCCUGUGGGCACAUCCCUGCAUCCUCCAGGGGAAGUUCGAUGCACAGGGUGCCUUUUGUCUGGGGUGUCUCUGGGUCACGUCCUCUCCACU